AUGUCAGUCAAUGCGACAUCGCCUGUUUACAUUAAAGAAGGAACCAUAAGAGAAGGUUUAACCCAAGGUAUCGUCUUACACGAUUGGAAGAUUAUAAGUAAAAAGGCACCGAUAUGUAGUUCAAGUGAAAUGGAAAAAAUCCAACAAGACUUUGGUUUACCACCUCCUGAAAUGGUGUUUGGCAAUAACUUGAUUAGCUUAGAGAAAGGGGAUUUUAAAAUAUGCUUUACUGCAUACGAUGCAUUAUCUAAGGUCGACACGAGUUCUACCAGUAGUGAGAAUUUAAAAGUAGCUUAUGCAGAAGAAUGGACACGUAAAAGUGCCAUGAAUCAUACAGAUAUUAAAGAUGUAGUCAAACCGUAUGAUUGGAGUUAUACAACAGACUACAGAGGAACUUGUUCAGCUCACUUUGAAUCCUCUGCGACAUCAAUGAUCAACAUUGAACGAUUAAAACGACCUGAACCCAUAUUAUUUUACGAUGAAAACAUACUUUAUGAAGAUGAAUUAGCAGAUAACGGCACAGCCAUGUUGACUAUUCGACUAAGAGUGAUGCCAAGCUGCUUUUUGGUACUACAGAGGUUCUUUAUGAGAGUAGACAAUGUUUUAUUUAGGAUUAAUGAUACAAGGUUAUAUCAUGAAUUCGGCAAUCCAUAUUUUAUAAGGGAAUAUACAUCCAAGGAGGCGCACUUUAAUGAUAUUUCAGAGGAAAAGGUGAUAUUUCACUAUUGA